UCUGAUUUUAGAAAACACGAAUCACUAUGUCGGAAACGGCGCCUGUUGCAGCUCCUGCUGUCUCCGGAUCUGGGGCAAAAACUUCUACUAAAAAACCGAAGAAGGCGGCAGGAGGCUCUAAAACCCGCAAGCCUCCAGGUCCCAGCGUGACCGAGCUGAUCACCAAGGCGGUGUCCGCUUCCAAGGAGCGCAAAGGGGUCUCGUUGGCCGCUCUUAAGAAGGCUCUGGCCGCCGGAGGGUACGAUGUGGAAAAAAGCAACAGCCGCAUCAAGCUGGGGCUCAAGAGCCUGGUGAGCAAGGGCACCUUGGUGCAGACCAAGGGCACCGGCGCAUCCGGCUCUUUUAAACUCAACAAGAAUCCGGAUGAGACUAAGGAAAAGGCGCCCAAGAAAAAGGCAGCGGCAAAGCCUAAGAAACCAGCUGCCAAGAAACCCAAAAAGGCUGCGGCCGUGAAAAAGAGCCCGAAAAAAGUCAAGAAGCCAGCAGCUGCCGCGGCCAAGAAAUCAGCCAAGAGCCCGAAAAAGGUGAAAGCUGCCGCCAAGCCUAAGAAGGCAGCCAAAAGCCCGGCUAAGGCCAAAGCGGUGAAGCCCAAGGCGGCCAAGCCCAAGCCGACGAAGCCAAAAGCAACGAAGGCUAAGAAGGCAACGCUCAAGAAGAAAUAAAAGGGUUAGAAAGAAAUUUGUCAUACAGAGAAAUCCAACGGCUCUUUUAAGAGCCACCCACCCUUUCCCAGAGGAGCUGAAACACCAGGUUCACCUCAGUAACCUCGUGCUGCUUUUCAUGAGGCGCACAACUUUAAGAAACGAAAGUAAUACAAAAGAGGGAGACGUAAAAUGAUCGGUUUCGUACAUUUUCCUUCUUUGCCCGCGACAAGAAACAACAUGGUAUCCAUUCUUUAAAAUGCGGGACGCUGGUCCAUUUAUAUUUUAGAGGGGUGUAUUAAAAUCGAUCUAGAGGAUCGGCCCAAAUUCAUGAUUACUAGCAGCCAAACAGGUUUUCGCCCCUACCCAGUCAGGAAAAAAAAAAAACCAACCCUGAGGGGAACGAGCUUUAACAAUCAUGCUUAUUGUGUAAAAGGUGGGGGAGGGGAGGCAUGUGGCCAUUCCUCGCACAUCAGCUUCGGUUCGGACAGGAUUUAUUGUCUAAGAGGAGGGGAGAGUGAGGACAGUGUGUGAGGGAUCUAGACACUCACUCACUCACUCACUCACUCCUUCCCAGCUGACAGUGAUGGGAUCAGGAUCAGGAUCAAUUCCUUUGGUGGGUUUGAAAAGCCCGCGCUCUGCAAGGAUUGGCCUGUGGCAACUCGUCCCCGCUUCUUUUAUUGGGGGUGGGGGAAUCACUAGUUUCCCACGUAAAUUGAUACCUCCUCACACGGGGAUUUUUGUUUAUCUUCAAAUGAGAUUCGUCUGGUACUUACUUGGAAACCUUUAUUCUCUGAAAUCAGAGCACUACUAAGGAGGCGGGGGGGGGGGGGGAGGAGGCAUUUUUGAGUUUGUUCUCGUUCCUUGAUUAAUACCCGUUCUGUUCAUACUCUCCUCCAUCGCCACGUCCGCUUUCUAUCUUUGUUUCUCUCCCGGGCUGGGCUUUCAGUCUUUUAACCAAUUCUCUAGAAAUCACAUCCUUACUAAUGCUUCUCAGAAUGACCUUCACCGGGAUACAUUAGGAAUUCCCUAAGGGUUGGGAGGGACAUUUAUAUCUAGUGUAAACCUCUGUCAGUUGGUCCAACUGAUAACAACGGGUUGAGAUUGAUAUCCAGUAUGUGGACCUGCCGUUGGAGAAAAAGGAAACACAUUUGUUCCAGAGGGUUUUACAGAUAUUUUCUUACAACACAAGAAUGUUGAGAUUCAGGAAUCCUAGGCUUUAUUCCAGACUCUAGAGGGGAGCGUUUUCUAUAGUUACAGACACUUCUUCCCCUUUCCAUCUUUAAUGUGACCCCCUUCUAUACAGACCCUUCUAACUUGUCCAUGUUCUAGUCCUCCCCCUUCACCAUCUCCUGUCUCCUGCUCCCUCACCAAGCUCCUCACCCCUCUGUAUUCCAGGUAGAAGAGUGGUUCUCACACUUUUGUACUGGUGACCCCUUUCACAUAGCAAGCCUCUGAGUGCGACCCCCCCCCCCUUAUAAAUUAAAAACACAUUUAAAUAUAUUUAACACCAUUAUAAAUGCUGGAGGAAAAGCGGGGUUUGGGGUGGAGGCUGACAGCUCAAGGCCCCACAGGUAAUAAGCUCACGACUCCCUGAAGGGUCCCAGCCCCCAGUUUGAGAACCCCUGAGUUAGAAUAUAUACUCCUUCAUCGUGCCUGCGUGCCAAAAAUGGGGGCAUGGAAACUACAGAAAAGACAGUCUCCCUGCUUUAAUUUCCAGUGCCUGAAACCACAGUGAUCCUUGGUAGAUGCCAGGAGUUUUUGCAGGGGAAGUUCUGCUCAACGGUCUGAGCAGGGACAAUAGUAAGGGAAGCCAAACUUCAGACAAUUUAGUUGCCAAACGAAAAAUGCUCUGCUGAACAUGUAGGGACUGAGAGUUUUCAGAGGCUAACAACUUGGCCACACUGGGGUAGAUGUUCAUGGGGAUAACAAAAAGGAUAUCCCUGACACUUUUGUGGCCAAUCUGCUUAAUGUUAAGUAUGUACCUUAAAGCAUGGAGGAGCUUGAGCAUCUCAAGACAACAAUUGUGAGAACAUUUUAAUGUGGGCAAUACAAUGUAUUUUCCUCCAACCUUGAUCAAUGGCUGAACUUUUUCUUUGUGGCAAUUAUAUUGAUGUCAAUGAGAUUGCAUUGGUGUAGACUAUGAAUGUGGUGAUGUGCAAUUGAUGCACUCUGCCAGAAUUAAACAAGGUUGGGGUUGACAAGCC